GAUGAUGAGAGCAUUGAUGGCCUAUGCACAUGCAGAUUAUUGAAUACGAGAACCGUAUCAGGGCAUACUCAACCCCAGACAAGAUCUUCCGCUACUUUGCAACUUUGCGUGUGAUCUAUGAGUCGGGGGAGUCAGAAGUCUACAUGACCCCUGAUGACUUCCUUCGCUCCAUCACCCCUGGUGUACUCCAACCUGAAGGCCUUGGACUUGAUCAGUUCAGGCGAUUUGAUCCAAAGAUAGACACAUUGGAGCUGAACAUUGAUGAAGAGAGCAUUUUCUACAGGCUUGGUCGGGCUGGACUCAUCUCUUUCUCUGAUUACAUCUUCCUCCUCACAGUUCUUUCAACAUCCCGGAGACACUUUGAGGUGGCAUUUCAGAUGUUUGAUCUGAAUGGAGACGGAGAUGUGGAUGCAGAGGAGUUUAAUGAAGUGGCAACCCUCAUUCGCCAUCAAACCUCAGUUGGCAUCCGUCACCGAGAUCAUGCUGUCACUGGCAACACCUUCAAGGGAAUGAACUCUGCCCUGAGUGCCUAUUUCUUUGGUCCACACUUCAAGGAGAAAUUAACAAUUGAGAAGUUCCUAGUGUUCCAUGAGCAGCUCCAAAAGGAAAUCCUAACAUUGGAAUUCAAGAGGAAGGAGCCAGAUGAGGAUGGGCAAAUCUCAGCCAAAGAGUUUGCUUCCCUCCUUGUUGCCUACAGUGGGUUCAGUCCAAAGCGGAAGCAACGUAUCCUGAAGCGUGUCAAGAAGCAUUUCAAGGAUCAUCCCAUUGGGAUUUCCCUGGACGAAUACCUUGAAUUUUUCAAGUUCCUCAGCAACAUUAAUGAUGUAGACACUGCCCUCACAUUCUACCACAUUGCUGGUGCUUCUAUUGACCAGGCAACCUUGAAGCAUGUGGCCCAUACCGUGGCGCACGUAAAGAUCCCAGACCACGUGAUCGAGGUUGUGUUUGUCCUCUUUGACGAAAACAUGGACGGACAGCUGAGCAACAAGGAGUUUGUGUCAGUGAUGAAGGAACGCUUGCGUCGGGGGCUAGAGAAGCCCAAGGACACUGGCUUCAUCAAACUCAUCCAUGCUGCCCUCAAAUGUACUUAUGAGGCUAAGCCUGUUGUCUUGGGGACAUAAAGUGUCCAAGCCCAUACCGAAAGUAUCGUAAACCAUUUCUUUCCCCUCCCCCCUUCACACAUACAAUUUCUUAUUCAAAAGGCAUUCCUUGAAUAAGGAAUUCUCCCUCCUCCCAUUGUGACUGUGCAAUUUUUUAAAAUUUAUUUAAAUAUUUAUCUUGGAG